AUGGGGGUAUUAACAAGAUACAUACUUGGCGAGUUAUUCGGCCCCAGGGUUGGUCAUGUGACAAGUGACCAAACUAUUCUUUACCUUGACCUGCCUUCUAAUAUGGUUGGUUCUUUUAUGAUGGGAUGGUUUGGAGUGGUAUUCAAAGCAGACAUAUCAAAUGUGUCAGAGUAUCUGGAUAUUGCACUAACAACUGGUUACUUAGGGAGUUUAACAACGUUCAGUGGUUGGAAUCAGAAAAUGCUAGAACUCAGUGUUUCUGGGCACUGGCUCUUUUCUGUGCUUGGUUUUCUUAUAGGAUUUUUUCUUGUUGCUUUUUCCGUCAUAUUUGGGAUUGAAACUGCCAAGGGUUUUAGGUGGCUUCUCAGAAGGCUAAAGAUGAGUUCAGGAAGUGAAAAUUGUAGAUUCAAGAUCAAUGCGAAUGCAGAAGGCUUAAAGCAUCACAUAGCAGUUAUGGUGGUGUUACUGCUGAUAUUAGGCUUGUUAUGGGGUGUUAGUGGUGUUUUAGUGAAUGCUGAGUUCAAACAUGGUGGAAAUCAUGCUCACUUGUGGAUUGCUUGCAUGGUUGGACCACUAGGUGUGUGGAUUAGGUGGCUCUUAGCUCGACUUAAUGGACGCGGAUUAGGAACAACAGGUUUAUUGAAAUGGAUUCCAUUUGGGACUCUAAUUGCAAAUGUCUCUGCUGCUUGCAUCAUGGCUGCACUUGCUGCAACGAAGAAGUUUGUGAACAACAGGGAUUGUGAUACUAUUGUUACAGGCGUACAGUUUGGUCUAUUGGGUUGUUUGAGUACUGUCUCAACCUUUGUUGCUGAGUUCAAUGCAAUGAGGGAAGGGAUGCACACUUGGAGAGCAUACACGUAUGCUAUGAUCACAAUAUGUGCCUCAUUCUUUUUAGGGAUCUUAAUAUACUGUAUUCCUAUUUGGAGAAUGGAGGAAUGUCAAUUACUAGGUGGGCAUAUAAGGUAAUCUUGUGUUGACACUACUAAAAUUUGGAGGAAAUGAGCAAUUUAUAGAAUUAACAGUGGAAAAUUCAUCCAAAAUGUUGUGCCUUGUAAGAAAAACAAAAAACUUUAAUAACGU